CAUCACUGUCUGUUGAGUGUCAUUGUAACCGACGAAACCACCAAUGGCACCUUCCCAACAAAGCAUUCCCAUACCCCAAUCCAUCCAAUCACUUCAAAACCUAAUAAAUUAAUCUCAUCUGUUGCUAUUAUCUUGAAUUAUACAAUAUUCUUCGCAUACCCAUUGGAUUCUGGACAAAAAAUUAUUACAAGUUGACGUUUAUUCUUGGUUUUAAUCGCCACGCCGGCGUCCGCCAUUGGUAUUAAAUUGAAAUCCCACCUUCCCAACAAGAAAUGCUCUCGAAAUUCCGGUUCUUUCAAAUUUCGGCUACUUUUUCUUCUCCCGCACCUCGGAAGAAAGUUCAUUUUCCGCAAAUAGUUGCGGUUACUGCGAAGUUCCGAUCGCAGAUGGGGGCGGCCUCGUAUGGGACGUCGUCGAGUUCGGUGUCUAAGUUGAUUUUCCGGCAGCUUUUUGAGAAGGAGUCGUCAACCUACACUUACCUCCUCGCCGAUGCUUCUCACCCUGAUAAACCAGCUCUGUUGGUCGACCCAGUAGACAAAACAGUGGAUAGGGAUCUUUCUCUUGUGAAAGAAUUGGGUUUGAAGCUUAUAUAUGCAAUCAAUACUCAUGUACAUGCCGAUCAUGUUACUGGAACUGGCUUGAUUAAGAGUAAGGUUCCUGGGGUUAAAUCUAUCAUCUCUAAAGCAAGCAAUGCAAAAGCUGAUCUAUUUGUUGAACCUGGUGAUAAAAUCUGUUUUGGCGAUCUGUUUCUGGAGGUUCGUGCAACACCGGGUCACACACAAGGUUGUGUUACCUAUGUCACAGGUGAUGGGCCUAAUCAGCCUCAACCAAGGAUGGCUUUUACCGGCGAUACUUUAUUAAUACGUGGAUGUGGCAGGACAGAUUUUCAGGGUGGAAGCUCUGAGCAGCUUUACAAGUCAGUUCAUUCACAGAUCUUCAGUUUGCCCAAAGACACACUGGUGUACCCUGCUCAUGACUACAAGGGAUUCACUGUGAGUACUGUUGGAGAGGAGAUGCAGUACAAUCCCCGCCUGACAAAAGAUGAGGGAACAUUCAAAAACAUAAUGGCAAAUUUGAACUUGUCGUAUCCAAAGAUGAUAGACGUUGCAGUCCCAGCUAACAUGGUUUGCGGUUUGCAAGAUGUUGAAUCCAAAGCCGCCUGAUAAUGUUUCUCCAGCUUAGAUGUCAGGGGUCAUGGAUGUUCGGAAAACACACAAUUUGUGGAAACUACAGGUGCAUGUUUACUAGGCGAAUCGUUGAAUAAUUGGCCUUGCCACGAGGCCACAAGUGUUGGAAUGAAAUGAAACGAAGCAUGUGGAGUGUGAGCAGAAAAUAUUGUUACUGAGAAGAGAAAGAUGGAAUAUGGAGAAGAGCGAUAGAUCCCUUACCCUUUACCUCUAUUUCUAAUCUCCAAGUCUGUAAGAAAUUCAGAAAAAUAAAAAAUAAAUACAAAAUCAAAUAUCCUUUCUGCCUUUUUAAGCCGUGUUGCUACAUCUGAUUGAAAUUUCUAUCCUGGAAAUGAAUUGAACUGGUAAGGGGUAA